AAAAAUACUGUAAUAAACCUCAUCAAUCUUAAAUUUUGUGGUAUAAAGCAUUCUCUUUUGAGCAAAAGGUGCAAGAAAAAAGAAGGAAGAUGUCGAAGCAAACAUACAGAGUGUGUUUAUGUUUCAAGAGGCGAUUUCGGAUGAAAGAGGCCGAAGUGCCUCGCGAUGUGGACGAGCUCUUCGCGAGCUAUUCGGAAAAUGGGUCAAUGAGUGUGGAUCAUCUGCAUCGAUUCUUGAAGGAAGUUCAAGGUGAGGAGAAGCUCACUCGGGAAGAUGCUGAAGCUUUAAUGGAGUCUUUCCUUAGCGAACACAAGCACAAGAACGUUUUUCAGCGUAGAACUCUUUACAUCAAAGACUUUUUCCGGUUUCUGCUCAGUGGGAUCAAUGCUCCUCUCCCUCUUCCUCCCAAGGUGCACCAAGAUAUGAACUGCCCUUUAUCACAUUACUUCAUCUACACGGGCCACAAUUCCUACUUAACUGGGAACCAAAUCAGCAGUGAUUCUAGUGAAGAGCCAAUCAUCGAAGCCCUCAAACGAGGAGUUCGUGUGAUCGAGCUAGACAUGUGGCCGAAUUCCAGCAAAGACGACGUUCAUAUAAUGCACGGAGGGACUCUAACGAGCCCGGUGAAACUCAUCAAUUGCUUGAAAGCAAUACGAGAGCACGCUUUCGUCGCCUCAGACUACCCUGUGAUCAUCACGCUAGAAGACCACCUCAAUCAAGAACUUCAAGCCAUUGUAGCAAAAAUGGUGCAUGAGACAUUCCAAGAUGUGCUAGUGUGUUCAUCAUCGGAUACAUUUCACGAUUUCCCCUCUCCUCAGUCGUUGAAGGGGCGUGUUGUGAUCUCGACCAAGCCACCAAAAGAGUAUCUCGAGACAAAAGAAGGGGAAGAUGGCAGCGUGAGAGUGUAUAAAUCAUCGGAGGAAGUGGGAUGGGGGAAAGAAAUCUCGGAUUUGGCAAUGAAGGUAGAGAGAGGGGGUGAUGAGUGUGAGGAAGAGGUAGAAGAUCCGAGCCAGAGUCAGCAGCCACCUGAAUACAAGAACUUGAUCGCCAUCCGCGCAGAGAAGAUGAAGGGAGGCAUCAAGUCUUGGCUGAGAGUGAGUUCUCAGAAGGCUCAUCGCGUAAGCUUGAACGAAGAGAAGCUCGAGAACGCUGUCCUAACUCAUGGAACUGAGAUUGUUAGAUUCAAUGAGAGGAAUUUGAUGAGAGUGUAUCCCAAGGCAACGAGGUUAGACUCAUCAAACUACAAUCCCUUAAUAGGGUGGAUGCAUGGAGUUCAGAUGGUUGCAUUCAACAUGCAGGGUCAUGGGAGGUCGCUUUGGUUGAUGCAAGGGAUGUUCAGAGCAAAUGGAGGAUGUGGUUAUGUGAAGAAGCCCGAUUUCCUUCUCAAGAAGGAGACUAGUGGUGAAGUAUUCGAUCCCAAUAAGCGUCUCCCCGUCAAGAAGACGCUCAAGGUGAAAGUGUACUUGGGAGAAGGUUGGAACCUCGAUUUUCAUCGUACACAUUUUGAUUUUUUCUCGCCUCCCGACUUCUACGUCAAGAUAGGAAUUGCUGGAGUGGGUUGUGAUUCGAGUAUGAAAAAGACUAAGACAAUUCAAGACAACUGGACGCCUGUUUGGAACGAAGAAUUCGAGUUCCCGUUGAGAGUGCCAGAGCUGGCAUUGCUGAGAGUUGAAGUCCAUGAAUAUGACAUAUCGGAUAAAGAUGAUUUUGGAGGGCAAACAUGCCUUCCCGUUUGGGAGCUGAAGAGAGGGAUUCGAGCCGUGGCGCUGCAUGAUUGGAAGGGAGACAAGUAUAAGUCUGUUAGGUUGCUUAUGAGGUUCGAGUUUGUUUGAAGUGUGAUUUGCUUACGAGGCUCUCUCUCUACCUUGGUUAUAAAUUUGGAUCCUAUUUCUUAUGUGAAAGACUGGUUUUAUAUGAUCCUAUAGUGAGAUCUGUUUCUAUUUGCCUUUUGUUUUUUUCUGAGUGAAAUGUGUUUAGUUUGUCUUUUACAAAUAUUACAUAUACUUUUGUUUUUGCGCCGACUUAUGUUACAGUCUUUGUCUCA